AGUCGGCGCGCGGGGCGCUGGGACCUGUAGUUUCGGCUCCCGCGCCCCCACCUCGGGGCUGCAACGUUUGGCGCGCACUGCGCCUGCGCCGGCUCAGCGGAGAGGCCCGGGCCGCGGCGGCUGGUGCCGGGUGAUGCUAGGCGGCUCCCUUGGCUCCCGGCUGUUGCGAGGUGUAGGUGGGAGUCGCGGGCAGUUCCGGGCGCGAGGUGUCCGCGAAGGUGGCGCAGCCAUGGCGGCAGGGGAGAGCAUGGCUCAGCGGAUGGUUUGGGUGGACCUGGAGAUGACAGGAUUGGACAUUGAGAAGGACCAGAUUAUUGAGAUGGCCUGUCUAAUAACUGACUCUGAUCUCAACAUUUUGGCUGAAGGUCCUAACCUGAUUAUAAAACAGCCAGAUGAGUUGCUGGACAGCAUGUCAGAUUGGUGUAAGGAGCAUCAUGGGAAGUCUGGUCUUACCAAGGCAGUGAAGGAGAGUACAAUUACAUUGCAGCAGGCAGAGUAUGAAUUUCUGUCCUUUGUACGACAGCAGACUCCUCCGGGGCUCUGUCCACUUGCAGGAAAUUCAGUUCAUGCAGAUAAGAAGUUUCUUGACAAAUACAUGCCCCAGUUCAUGAAACAUCUUCAUUAUAGAAUAAUUGAUGUGAGCACUGUUAAAGAACUGUGCAGACGCUGGUACCCAGAAGAAUAUGAAUUCGCACCAAAGAAGGCCGCUUCUCACAGGGCCCUUGAUGACAUUAGUGAAAGCAUCAAAGAACUUCAGUUUUACCGAAAUAACAUCUUCAAGAAAAAAACAGAUGAAAAGAAGAGGAAAAUUAUAGAAAAUGGGGAAAAUGAGAAGACUGUGAGUUGAUGCCAGUUCUCACGCGGCCACCACGUAGUUCUCUGGAAGCAGCCUCUGGUGGUUCCCCCCUCAUGCUGAUUGCUUGGCCCAGCACCUCCUUUCAGUUAACUCGCAUCUCCAGAUUCCUCCACCACACAGCACCCGAAACACUGUUUCUCUCUAAUAGGCUGUUUCCAUUAUGACACAGCAUCUCCUUUGUAAGUACCAGGUCAUGUCCAUUCCUUGGUACAUAUCUGCAUUUGCUUUUAGACCAUUUCUUUUGUUUAAAAAAAAUAAAUAAUAAAUAAAUAAAGCUAGUUCUAUUGAAAUGCAAA